AUGGGAUCUCUGGAAGAAACGUGCGCUUCUUUGCGCGCCCAGAUCACUGCAACUGAAGCACAGCUUGCAGGUCUGAAACACGAUCUCGCCAACGCCGAGCAAGCAGCACAAUCUCAGAACGCGACGUCUGCGGACCCCCAGCACGAGAGUCGGAACGGGUAUGGCAGGCGAUGGCCAUUACUUCAAGAAGAAUAUAAACGCUAUGGACGGCAGAUGAUUGUUUCUCAAGUUGGUUUGAAAGGUCAGCUCAAACUCCGAUCGGCAAAGGUCCUACUUGUUGGAGCCGGCGGGCUGGGAUGCCCAGCUGCGCAGUACCUUGCCGGAGCUGGUGUCGGCACCAUCGGGCUCAUUGAUGGGGAUACAGUCGAGGAAUCGAAUCUGCAUCGGCAGGUGCUACAUAAAACAAAGAAUGUGGGGAAGUACAAGGUGGACAGUGCGAUUGAAUCCUUGCGACAACUGAAUCCGCAUCCCACGUACAUCGCACACCGAACACAUCUCACACCGGAAGAAGCACCAACGGUCUUCCAGAACUAUGAUAUCAUUCUCGAUUGCACCGAUAACCCAGCGACGCGCUAUCUAAUCUCAGACACCGCAGUGUUGCUAGGAAAACCAUUGGUUUCUGCGUCCGCAUUGCGCACCGAGGGCCAGCUGAUGGUGUUGAACAACCCGCCGCGGGCACCGGGCGAUAAAGCUGGAGGUCCAUGCUAUCGGUGCGUGUUCCCAAAACCGCCACCGGCAGAUAGCGUGGUCAGUUGUGCGGACGGGGGUAUUUUGGGGCCAGUCGUUGGGACGAUGGGGGUCUUACAGGCUCUGGAGGCGAUCAAGGUCAUCACUGCGCCUGAUUUUGGUGGGGUACCAGAUCAUGGUAGCACGACCCGCCCACGCGAUCCUCCGUCCCUACAUAUCUUCUCAGCGUACUCGUCACCCCUUGUGCGCACGAUUCGUCUUCGUUCGCGCCGGGCGAAUUGUGCAGUUUGCUCUGCUGAGGCGACUGUCUCGCUUGACACGAUCAAAUCGGGGUCGACUGACUAUGUGUUUUUCUGUGGAUCUGCGAGUUCCCCCUCGCUGCUUGGUCCUGAGGAGCGUAUCUCUGCUUCGGAGUACAGUCAAAAAUACGGAACUGUUCCUUCUGGUUCGGCACCAAGUCACACGAUAAUAGACGUGCGUGACGAGGCCCAAUUUGGGAUUUGCAGUCUGGAGAACAGCAUAAAUGUUCCCAUUUCAAGUAUCCUAUCCUCGGGUAAUUCCUCUGCACAACCGCACUCCGAUAAUGGGCUGCAAAAUGCAGAGUUACCUUCAUGGUUGCCCUCUGAGCUUGCCGCGCCUAAUUCAACAAACCCAAUAUACGUCGUGUGUCGUCUCGGCAACGACUCGCAGAUUGCCGUCAAGAAAAUGAAAGAGCUAGGACUAGAUCAGAACGGAAAGAGAUUCAUCGGCGAUAUCCGCGGAGGACUACGAUCGUGGAAACAGCAGGUAGAUUCCGAUUGGCCCGAGUACUGA